AUGCAAGGCUCUACGUGCUCCUCAUGCCUACUCCUCUCUCGGUCCCGAUUCCAUCGGCUCCUGAUCGAGCUGCAGAAUGGCCGGCGCAGAGUUCACAGCAGACGUUCACGUCAGAAAGCCCAACCGCACCCAAACGCUGCCGAAUCCUGGUACUGGCAAACCACCCCUCCCACUCGGACGAACCUAGCUGCGGCCGACCAUUUCUUCAAACACAACAGUCCCACAAGGAUCUGGACCGGCGAAGGCUGGCGGGACCGACAGAAUGAUUCCCAGGAACUGCCCGAAAUCAUAUUCCUCGGGCGCUCGAACGUCGGCAAGUCCUCUAUCAUCAAUGCCCUCACCUCAUGCGAUAUCAAUCGUGUCAGCUCGGUGCCGGGAGCGACCAAGGCAAUGGCUGCGUGGACAUUGGCAGCGAAAACUCCCGAGGGCGGAGCCAUAAAAGGGUGGGAUGGAGACGUCAAUCCCAAACUCACACUGGUCGAUAUGCCAGGAUACGGACAUGGAAGUCAGACGGAAUGGGGCAAUUCGAUUGUCGAAUAUCUAUCCAAGCGAAGGAAUAUUAGGAGGGCAUUCGUGCUCAUCGAUGUGCUUCAUGGAAUUUGGGAGCGAGAUCUUGACAUCCUGAAAAUCCUAGGCUCCUCUGCGAUCCCCUAUCAGAUUGUCGCCACGAAAUGCGACAGGUUCGCACACUUAGAAGACAUAGAGGGAGAGACCCGCUCGGCCUUCACGAAGAUCCGGUCCGAAGCAUACUUGGAUGUGGAUGACAGCCUUGGGCUGGGCGAGAUUAUCGCCACGGGAUUUCUUGAUGGCAUUACAACCAAGAAUUCGACGAGGAUUUGGAGGGGAGCCGCCUUUGGAAUUCCGAAUCUACAGUGGGCGGUGCUGCGCGCCGCCGGUCUUGAAACGUAUGCCAUGCAAAAGGCAGAAUCCCACGGUGUGUUGAAGAAAUUUCCGGCGGAAGACCGAGUCCUCUCAUCUCAGGAAGACUCCAUUUCCGAGGAUGGUGGGCAGGAAAGCUCUCAGAACGAGAGUUCAAAAAUGUUUAGUAUACCAUCGACAUCAUCGGGCCCUGAAACCAGCGUGAGCGUCGAAGACUUCUUGCGCGAUAUUCUGAACUCUCCUCUGCGGCAAGCUUCCACCCGGCAACCACCUAAGCCGGCAUCAAAGCGAGCCAAAAUCUUCUUUUCCCUCACAGAAGAUCAAUACAUGCCUUCACACAGCUGGAAACCUUCCAGCCGCAGUUCCCUUCUGGACGACUGGCUAGAAGAUGCCGAAAGCCCUUCAGACAUGGGAUCAUCCUACACCGGUAACAAGCGUCAAGACUACAGUGCAGGCAAGUUCAAUGAGACAUCGGCGACCAAGUCAGAUGCGGCCCGUCGUCGCUCCUCUACCGGCAGCUCGGCACCGAUGUGGUCUCAUGAGCGUUCAGACUCCAGGACCUCACCCGAUCCCCGUGGCACAGCGUCGAGCCGUGAUCAACCAGCCCCAAGCCGCAAAGGAGUUGCGCACACAGUGGAUGCUUUGGGAGCAAUGUCGCGUCCGAGCUCUAACACAGACGCAAACGCAAACGCACACCACUCUCAACCUCCUAUCAGCGGCGGUAAAGGAGUCUUGCGCGGCAUGGACGCCCUGGAGGCAAUGUCCGGCUUCGACUCUCGACGGUCUUCAAAUCCGAAGUCUCGCCCUCUGCAGGCCAGCAAAGGCCAUGGCAACGGCAAAGGCAAUGGCAAAGGCCAAUGGUCGACUCGAGGCACCAACCCAUCGAGUCCGUCGGCCUAUCGAGACCGACACCCGGACUCCACGCGCAAGGAGCAGUCUCGACCUGCUGCGCCCGGCAAAGGAAAAGGCGUGACUCGUGGCAUGGAUGCUUUGGAGGCCAUGCUUGGAGGCGACUCGGCGCACGGGAGAAAGACGGGGAGCCAGCGUCGAAAGUGA